CUUUGAGAAAUCUGAAAAUGGAAAGCAAAGUUAAACGGGAAGAAGUCAGGCGAGCUAACAGACAGAGUUACUUGGGCAAGAGACAAAGACGUAAACACUACAGCACUGUGAUAUGAGGCUUAGCAUAGACAGGUAGGUGGCACUGAGCGUAGACGUCACAGUGAGUGUGGGAACUGAAAGUCCUUCAGUGGCGUGGCUGUGAUUGAGUCGAGGUGUGUGCGGUCAGAAUGAGAACUAUACACUAUACAAAAUGUAUUACGAAAAUAAAAAGCAUAUUAUGUAUACUAUUUAACGCUAAACGUCUCUAGACCUCGGCUCUCUGUCGGCUCCUUUAUCGGCUCGGCGCUUGGAUUAGCUUCUGCUUCAUUUGUGACUUUGAUAAAAGCGUCUGGAGAAAGGCGAAAUGUAAAUGGUAUGUGCGAGUGAGUCAGCAGAAGGCCAGUGAGGAAGCGGAUAAAGCUGGGCGAUUAGAGCAGCUCUCCGUGCUGGAAGUGCUCUGCGUGUCAGGUGAAAGAUCUCUGCCAGGGUUUGUUCAGCCAGGAGCCUUUAACCAAGCUCGCAGAAGCUGAUUGUGCUCUUUCACAGCUGCUAAGACAGCAAUUUUGCCGUGCCGCAACAGCAGGAAGAGGAGGAGGAGGAGGAGCGCUACGGCGGCUUUGGGAAAUCAGAAGGCGAAAUCUAUCCCGAGAGGAAAAAGACGCUGUUUUUUUUCCGCUUCAGUAGAACUUCAGAAGAACUCCGGGACCGGAGACAAGUUCAUUAAAGGAAAUGUGUGAGAAAUCGAAAAGAUUCAGAAAGGCGGAGAGAAAGAGGACGAGAAGUUCAUAGACGUCGUAAUAAACAAGAACAUGAAACUGGGUCAGAAAGUUCUGAUUCCUGUCAAACAGUUUCCCAAAUUUAAUUUUGUGGGAAAGCUUCUUGGUCCACGAGGGAACUCACUAAAGAGACUACAGGAGGACACACUCACCAAGAUGUCCAUCCUUGGCAAGGGCUCCAUGAGAGACAAAGAGAAGGAGGAGGAGUUGCGGAAGAGCGGCGAGGCCAAAUACCAUCACCUGAACGAAGACCUGCACGUCCUCAUCGAGGUGUUUGCUCCGCCCGCUGAGGCUUACGCCCGCAUGGGCCACGCCCUUGAAGAGAUAAAGAAAUUCCUAAUUCCGGAUUAUAAUGAUGAGAUCAGACAAGCUCAGCUGCAGGAAUUGACGUUUCUGAACGGGGGUUCAGAGGAUGCCAAGGUGCCCGCGGUGAGAGGGAAAUCCAGUUCGAGGGCCCGCGGCACACCUGCUCCCGGGUCACACAGGAGUAGAGGAGGUGUUCCUCCCCCACAGGCUGUGGUUCCUCGCGGGGUGGCACCCAGAGGAGCUCCACCAAGCCGUCUUCCGUCCAACAGGGGGAGAGCACAGAGAGGACGUGGAGCUCCACCCCCUGUGGGAUACAGACCGCCACCCCCUGUAGUUCAGGACUCAUACGGAGAAUACGAAUACGACGACGGAUACGGAACAGCCUACGAUGACCAAGGGUACGACUCAUACGACAACACUUACAGUAACCAAGGUCAAAACUCAGAGGACUAUUAUGAAUAUGGACAUGGUCUAAGCGGGGAAUCCUAUGACUCAUACGGCCAGGAAAAGUGGACGAACGGCCGCAACAAGGCUCCGUCAGCAAGGACAAACAAAGGAGUGUACAGAGAACAGCCUUAUACGCGAUACUGAACUCUAAAGUCAGCCACGCCUGCCCAUGCAUUUCCAAGUAAUGGAUUUUAUAUGGACUUCCCCCCCCAUUCCUUUUCAUUUUUUUUUUUUUUUUUUUUUUUUCAGAAUAAAAUCAACCAAAAAGACGAAAAAACAAAGCAUCCCAGAGAGGAAAGGGAAGACGGGAACAUGAUUUCAUGGGGACGUUCAGUUUGACGCUGGUAGAUACUGGUUGUUGCAUGGAUGCAAGAUAAUUAAACCUGUGAUCACUAAUUAUGUGUAAAAUAGUCAACCAAUCAGAAUCCUUCUAUGCCAGUAUUGAAAAUUUAGGGGGUGGGUACUAGUAGGUAGAAGGUGGUGUAAACUUCAGGUGUUAGAUAUUUAGAUUUAGUCAGGUACAUUUCUAUAUAGACUUUUUGAUGAGUGAUCAACUUCAGUGUGUCCCUUGUAAAUUCUACUUAACGAAAGAAAGAAACAAACAAAAUUAUUGAUACACAUAUCGUGUUACUCCUUUUUUUUUUUCUUUUUUUUUUUUGUAAUGCAAUGUUCCUUAGCAUUAAAGGGCUUAUGGGAGCAUUUAAACAUUGUACAUAGUCAUGUUAUCAUGGUGAAGAAAGGUCACAUUGCUCUGUCCGAUAUUUUUUUUUGUCGUUAAAUGUCUGACUCUAAGUGGUCGGACGCAGGGUUGCCAACCAUCUGCAAAUUUACACAAAAAAGAUGAGCACGAGCUUAUGCGUAACAAUUCUUUAGACCACACCACACAGCAAUAAGAGAACAGAGGAAACCGAUCAAUAAUGUAAAGUAUGCAAAUAAAUAAAGUCUCUGACUAGAGAAAUUUGAGCCAGUGAAACUCCCGGCUUUCUUCUUAAGUAAAGGUAGUAAAGAUACUUGAAGUAAGUCUAACACCAGAGAUUAGCAUAGUUGUCUUUUUUUUUAGAUUUUGCAUCGUAUAGCAUAAUCUACACUAAAAUAGCAAAGUAGUUCAUUUUAGUAAAAGCAAACGUGAUAGAAGUAGGUCAAAGCUACGCCCGGGCAUUUCAUUUACAGAGUGCGAAGGUCCCGAAGUCAAACCCACAUCAGAUUACAAAGUGAGCCCGAACAUGUCAGGUUUAGGUCUGAUUAAAAUGGUGAAAAUAUAAUAUACUAGUACAUACAUACUACUUAUCGCGGGAGCACUAAAAUGAUGCAGAUCGGUUGGCAACGCUAAUCCAUUUAGACGCAAUUUUAAAGGUAAGCUGUUGAGAUUGUUUCCUUCUGAGGAAUCCACGUUGCUUGCAGAAGUAUUCCAGCCCCAGAAACUUUGUCAAAAUUGGCACCCCAGUAUACUCAUAACCCCUUUUCAGUUAAAUAUACUCACACAACGUUGACAUGGCAGAUUUCAUUCAGACUGCACGUGCUCAGUAGAUUUGAGGACAGAAUGAUGGCAAGACCUGUCAGUGACAUUUUCUUUUGAGCAUUCAUGCCCCUGCAAUGAAGCUUUGGCCUGUGUCAUCCUAAUGAAAAAUGACUGUACAAUCUAUUUUCAAUUUUUGCUUUUCAUCCUGAAUAGUUCCUCAUGGAGGUCCCUCUGAAAUCUGGUGUUGCAUCCUCUAUUCUGAGCUUUAUAUGAGGUAAAAAAAAAAACAAAAACAAAGGAAGGACAUUGUUCAUCAUUGAGUUACGCACUGCCCACUGGCUUUCUCAAUCCCUACUGUCCCAGCAGUUAGGGUUGGGGUUAGGCACAACAGUGUUGUGAAGGCACUUGCUUUGUCUUGUAUUAAUGCAGUUUUGUUGUCUUGUCAAUUUGAUUCAUCAAACAUGUGCUGCUGCUGCUGGUGGUGAUUUUAUUGCUCUUCAGUCUUCUCGAUGAAGAUGAUAAACUGGUCCAUCACUGCUUUUGUAACACCAUCUGGGUCGUGCGCUUUCUGUAUAAUGCUGCUAGGGUUGAAAAAUGCCCCUGCCAUAAUUCACGGAUCAAGAAUUGGCUAAACCCAUUACACCCGUUACACGGAACACACCUCAUCCAGGAUAUCAUUUGAUCCUUGCUUCACGAACUCAAUAAGAUGUGAUGUGGAAGCUUGGAAAGUUUUAAAUGGCGCAGUUGUGGCUCCGCAUUUAGAGUUCUGGACUACUGAUCUGAACGGAGUCCGAAUCCAAACAAAGCUACCACCUUGCGUAAGGCCACUAUGCCUUGCUUUGUUGCUUUGGAUAAAAGCGUCUGCAAAAUAAAUAAAUAUAAAUGUAAACAGAGGUCUGUAGGUCCUCAGUCCUGGGGCUGUCCUGGGGCUACCUUCCUGAUCAUUGUCUUCCCUGUAGACCUAUCAUGACACUUCUUAAAUAUUCCAGACUUUGAUUGCCUCUGGGAGCCUGGGUUUAGCCUCAAGCUAAAACAAAAAAAUGACAUUCCCUUGAGCCUAAAAGGUAUUUAUUUGGUGAUGUACUGUGUAAACAGUGAGUCCACGUUAACCCAGAAGUGCUAGAUACUGUGAUGACUGGUUAUUUUGUUUUUUUAACAGCAAGACUGUAAUGGGUCCUGCAAGUUGUAGGCCUUCCAUGAUUUGGGCCUGAAGGAAUGUUUGUCCAUCUGCGUAGGAGUAUUUCAAUUUACAAGUCACUCUCUCACUCGUGCUGAAUAGGACUCUUCCCCAUUUGAAGUGUCUAGCUGUAAGUGCUCGUGCUACAGUGAGGGACAGCAUUUUGUCUUAGUGAUUGAUUAUUGCUCCUGAUACCACAGCUCUGUUGAAUUAUGGAUUCUGAUUGGUCAGAACGUGUUGAUUCAUUUUAUCUAACAGCAGCUCUGGCAGUAGUGCAGCUGCAAAUCAUAGGUUUAGUGUAUAUUAAUGAGCUCAUGCUAAUGUGCUACUGUGGCACGCAUUUGAUGGACGCUCCACAUACAGUACGUGGCCAAAAGUAUGUGCAUCCCUCACCUUCACACUCAUCUGUAGGCCUUACCCAAAUUGUUGUCAGAGAUUUGCGAGCACGGAAUUAUAUCGGAUGGCUUUGUAUGUUAUGAUUUCUGUUCACUGGAACUGAGAGGCUGUUCCAGAAUGACAAUGCCGCUGUGCAAAAGCGAGCUCCAUCUAUGGGUUAAGAUUGGAAGAAGGUAGAAGAACUGGAGUGUCCUGCUCAGAGCCCUGACCUCAACCCCACUGAACACCUUUGGGAUGAACUGGAACUGGAGCCUCCUCACAUCAACAUCAGCGCCUCACCUCGACCUCACUAACGCUCUCGUAGCUGAAUGAAAUCCCUCCAUCCACGCUACGAAAUCUAGCGGAAAGCCUUCCCAAAAGAGUGGAGCCUAUUAUAACAGUAAAGGGGGACUAAAUCUGGAAUGGGAUGUUCAACAAGCACAUAUGGGUGUGACGGUCAGGUGUCCACAAACUUUUGGAAAUACAGUGUAAAAAGAUUACAAAAACACGUGUAAUUAUCGCUAGGGUGAAAACAUGGUGAAAGACCAGCUCUUUAUAGAGUUGAAGAAAAUUACCCAUGGGGGUGCAGUGGCAGAACUGUGCUACCGUCAGUUACACCACAAACUACUUUGUGGCUCCGACUGGCCCUGUACACACACCUAUGCUCCGCCUGCGUAAACUGCCUUGAACAGUGUCAAAAACUCGAGGUACUUUAGGUUCUUAAUGUUCCUUUGCAACACCCAGUACUAGCAAAUAUACCGUAUUUUUCUAGAAGUAAAACCUGGCAAAACUGGCACGACUACCCUGAUUUGACCUUUUCUCAACUGUUAUCUUUCAUAAUUAUAUAUUACUCCAUCUAUGACGAAAACUUCAUCCUGAAACACAUUAAAUAUGAUUAGAUUUGAAUAUUUGUGAUGUGUUUAGUGUUUCUGUUGCUCAAUCGGGUUUAAUCUGUAAUCUAUAUCUCAAAUAUAAUUGAUAAUGGUCAGACUCCUAACAACAAAAGAACAAGAGCUUAUUCUCUCAAGGAAGUCCAGUAGUGUUCAAUGUCAUAUUAAUGAGAAAUCCAGCAUUCAGGUAGAGGAGAUGUUGGUACAAACACUGGAAUCAAAGCCCCAGAAUGCAAUGCGGCUAUAGGAUACAUUGGUGCUGAGUUACGGCGGAGAUACAUCAGUGCUAACGGCUGGUUAGAGAUCAGUGACGUAACACGAUGGCGCUGACCGCAGUAUUAGCAUGAAUGUUGAAGCUUUGCAAGCUGAUCUGUUGGAGAGUGUACAGACGAGGAGGUGAGGCACCCGGACAGACGAAAAGACUAAAGCACCGCUGCAUCAUUUCCUUUAGAUAGAGAUGAAGAGUGCGCUAAAUUCCACUGCACCGUUAUCAGCAGGUCAAACCUCUAAACCAAAAUGAAAAUAACUCUGAAUUUCAUUAUAAAAAAUGAUUUGAUCACAAAUUAAUCAGAAAAAUUAAGUAACUUAGGGCGGAUUUCUCCUAUGCGCAUUGCAUAAAAUACCAUUUAAUAAAAUGACCGUUUGCAUUCAUACCCAUGGGGCUAAAUACUUUUGCAAGCAUGUUAAUAAAGAAAACAAUAUAACCUUAAUUAAUUUAGAAUUUAAUCUGAAACCUGAGCUCCAGUAGUAAGUUCGGGUAGGACUGAAUUUUUUUAUAAAGUUGACAUUCAUUGUAUUAUAUGAAUGUUGUUUGUGUGUCCCUUGUACCUUAAAGUUUAAAGUGACUGAAAUUAAAUCUUAAAUCCACUGCUGGCUAAUUAUUUUUUCUUUUCUUUUCUGAAUAAUUUCUGUUUUGUAGUGUUUUUUGUUUGUUUGUUUGUUUGUUUGUUUGUUUGUUUUUGUAGCUUGUGUAAGCCCUUUAAUCUAUUUCUUGGUUGAUGACAAAAUAAAAUUCUUUUUUUGAAAGAAAUAAUAACCGUGUCUGAGACGACGUUUUGUUACCAAA